CGCAAGCGUCUGCGCGCGACUCCACCCAACGACACAAAACAACUUCGCGAGCGCAGCGCGAGUCAUGGUGUCAAAGAGGGUCUCCUGAAGAACAAACUGCGCGAACUUUCACCAAAAGCGACUAACAAGCUGCCGACGAUCGUCUGGAUCUCACAUAAAUUACAAAAAGUCCACUUUAAGAAGGAACUAUGCUUACCGACUGUCGACUUUAAAGCUAGCAGAGCGCAGCUAGCUCAAGAGUUUGGCGCCGCGAACUUCACGAACAGUGUGGAUACAGUGUAAACAUAGUCAUUUAUAUAAUUUAAUACAAAGUAGUGUGAGGAAAAGAACUCUUUAAGGAUCUCUCCGAGAGUUUAUUCGCUGUGUAGUUUGUCUGUGGACGGGUGGAGAUGGCUCAGUCGCCGGUAGCUGUUCAAGUUCCUGGAAUGCAGAACAGCCGAACAGACCCUGAAGAGUUGUUCACUAAACUAGAGCGGAUCGGGAAGGGCUCGUUCGGUGAGGUGUUCAAAGGCAUCGACCGCCGCACUCAGAACGUUGUGGCCAUCAAGACCAUCGAUCUCGAAGAGGCAGAAGAUGAGAUCGAAGACAUCCAGCAGGAGAUCACCGUUCUCAGCCAGUGCGAUAGUCCUCAUGUCACCAAAUACUAUGGCUCUUACCUAAAGGGUAGUAAACUCUGGAUCAUAAUGGAGUAUCUGGGCGGAGGUUCAGCUCUGGAUCUGCUGAGAGCCGGACCCUUUGAUGAAUACCAGAUAGCCACCAUGCUGAAGGAGAUUUUGAAAGGCUUGGACUACCUGCACUGUGAGAAGAAAAUCCACAGGGACAUAAAAGCUGCCAACGUGUUGUUGUCUGAGUCUGGAGAGGUGAAGCUGGCAGACUUCGGUGUGGCGGGACAGCUGACAGACACACAGAUCAAGAGAGAGACGUUUGUAGGGACGCCGUUCUGGAUGGCUCCCGAGGUCAUCCAGCAGUCCGCCUACGACUCGAAGGCUGAUAUUUGGUCUCUUGGGAUCACUGCCAUUGAGUUGGCCAAAGGCGAGCCCCCGAACUCAGACAUGCACCCCAUGAGAGUGCUCUUCCACAUCCCCAAGAACACACCGCCCACCCUCAACGGAGACUUCUCCAAGACUUUCAAAGAGUUUGUGGACUCCUGUCUCAACAAAGACCCUGGAUUUAGACCAACAGCAAAGGAACUCCUGAAGCACAAAUUUAUCCUUAAACAUGCCAAGAAGACAUCCUACCUCACCGAGCUCAUUGACCGGCUGAAGCGCUGGAAAGCCGAGGGUCACAGCGAUGGAGAAUCAAGUUCUGACUCUGACUCCGAGCCCAGCAGUAAGGACAACGACUCGUCUCCUGAGUGGUCCUUCACCACUGUCCGUAAGAAGAAGACGGAUAAAAAGCAGCCCAAUGGGAUGGUUGAAGAACAGCAGAAGAAGUCGAGCAGUUUAACCACCGUCAUGGCUCCUGUUUUUUCAGAGCUGAAAUCACAGCACAGAGACGAUGACAAGACGAGAGGAGUUCUGGAGCAGCUGGAGAAGAGCCUGCAUGUAGCUGAGGACAUCUGUCCCGGUGUCACCGACAGGAUGAUCAGCCAAAUCCUGGAGAGGGUGCAGAGGUUCUCUAUGAGUUAGUGCUACAUUGGGUCUCUGGGAACACGCCACCCCUCUGCUGUCAGCCCUGAUGACUGCACCUUAACACACUCACACAUGUACAGAGACACACUAUCUUAUCAUAACCAAAAGGAAUUCUUUUUUUGUUGUUUUUAUGUCCCAAAGAAUGGAUGGAUAUAUAUAUAUAUAUAUAGUGUGUGUGUGUGUGUGUGUUCAACUGUAUUUAUACAAUUUUGCCACAUGCUUUUAUAUUAGUCUUCUGCUGGUGCCCAAUAAUGUGUGUUACUGUUAUUUUAUUCUACAUUUUACUUUGAACGUCAAAAAAUAUCCUUACCGGUUACAUACUUCUGCUCUAGAGAGCAUUAGGUAAAUCUUUUGAUUCUCAUAGUUGAUAUGUAUUUGAUAUCCCAAUCUAUUACUUAAUUUUAAAAUAUGAUCAAUAAUAUAUGUGUUUGUGAGAUUAACCGUGUCUUUUUGUUGGUCUUGGUUUGGGAUUUCUUUGUUUCUCUCGACACACUGUUAACUGUAGCAUUGCAGAACUGCUGUAUAGGAUCACAUGCAUAUCAUAUCAGUCAAAAUGAAUAGAAAUACCUCAUUUAAGCAAUCAAAAAAAGAAACGGCUUGUUAAUGAUGAACGAUAAAAUUUAAACCUAGGAAAAUUGAGAGGAAUUUUGCUGUGCAAAAACUACCUUCAAUUCUGGCCCAUUACAACAGGGAAUUUUAGUUUGAUUCUUUUCACUUUAUUUUAAUUGGCAAAGUAAUUAAAUUUCUAGGCCUUUUUUUUUAUAAACAGGAAUGUAGCGUAAUGUUUUGCCCCGUGAUUUCUCAGCAACGCCCUCUUUUUACAGUUUGUCUUGUUUUUGAGCUAAUAUUUUUUUAUGCAAGAUUAGAAUUAUAUUGUAUUUUUGAAGGAAAUAUGCACUUGUGCACACUUUGUACAGGGUGGGCCUGUUUUGUGUUGUAAUUUCGUAGCUCUCUUGCUCCAAAGACAUUCCACUUACUUUGAGUAGAUCUCAAAGCAGCCUGCUUCUGUAACCCAUGGGGAAUUUCUACACACAAACUGAUGCAUUUAAGCUACGCGACAUGACGGAAAGUGAUUCACGCUAAGCAGCAGUAUAGAAUUCAAGCUCAAUGCAAUCUUCCUGUGAUGAGGGAUUUAUUUUCUUUUUUGCCAAGAGGGUGCCAUUGCUGGUGCAGUGGUCAUAGGUCAUAUAUUUGCUCCUGUUGGCUCGGAGAGACUGUGCCAACGUUGCAUCCCAUUGUGCCUAAAGCUCACUUUUUAUGUAUAUGAUGUUAUGGUCUUCUCAAACAGCUUUAAACGAAGUUUCACACAUGUUGCCAGACUGCUGGAAGAUUUUAGAGCAAUAAAGGUGUUUAGUGGAUUUGUAUAUUUCUUUAUAGCAAUGUAGAUGCAGAAGCUAGGUUUUGUACAUUUCUUCACCAGUGCUUUUGUAAAUUUAAGACGCCAGACUGUAUCAUAUAGAUGCUGUUCUCUUCAUUUUUGGACUUUAACUGUUACAGAUACAUUUUUGUUUGGUGUGGCAAAUAAAGAUUUAAGUUAUGUCA